AUGAAGGAACUCGUACUCAAUGAGAUCCACCUGGCCAACCUCAUUCCAGUCAAUAUGGAGGGUCUUAGGUUUGAAGUGGUGCCUUCCUGGUUUAAUGAGACACUUGACAAAUCUUCUUUUGAAAUGCCAUACAAUUACGCAAUUGAGACCGCAAAAGAGAAAGCCCUGGAGGUGGCAAAGAGGAUGCAUUUGAAACACUUCAAGACUCCAGAUAUCGUCAUUGGAGCAGACACUAUUGUGUCCAUUGACGGUGACAUUCUCGAGAAGCCUGUAGAUAAACAAGCUGCUCACACAAUGCUAUUGAGACUGAGCAAUAAAGAACAUAGUGUCUUCACUGGGGUUGCCAUUGUCUUUUGCAGCUGCAAACUUGAUAACCAACUGGAGACCAAAAUUACUGUUUUUCAUGAAGAAACAAAAGUAAAGUUUUCUGAGCUAUCUGAGGAACUUCUCUGGGAGUACAUACACAGUGGUGAGCCAAUGGACAAGGCAGGUGGAUAUGGAAUUCAGGCGCUUGGUGGAAUGCUAGUCGAGUACGUUCAUGGGGACUUUUUAAAUGUUGUCGGAUUCCCUUUGAAUCACUUUUGCAAAAAGCUGAGUGAGAUCUACAACCCGCCUGUAACUCACUGUGUCACAGGCCACGCCAUUGCAAGUUUGGAAGGCCUCUGUGAUCUUCAGCAGGGCCCUGCAAACCACAAGAGAAAUGGAAUAGCAGAAAAGACACAGAAUUCUGACCAAGCUGCAGUGUCAGAAAAGGUGGUGAAUAGCCCAAGCACCGAGAAGCCAAACAGAAUUCCUGAGGUGAAAGGCUGUGCGGUACUUCACCACGACCUGGCAAAUACAUCUACCAAGAGUGAGGCCAGUGUUGCCUGGCUUCAUAAAAUUGCAGACCUAAUGAAUGGGUUUAAAGCUUCAAAGGUGUUAUUGACAGCUUCAACACUCAAAGUAUUUGAUGCAUUGAGUACACAGGAUGGCUUAGACGUUUCAGAAAUUGCUCAGAGAUUAGAGACCUCAUUGGAUGGGACAAAACACCUCUUAGAUGCUUGUGUUUCCCUUCACUUGCUCGAAAAAGCCCCAGGCACAUCACAGAUGUACAAGAACACACAACUAGCCAACACAUAUCUGGUGUCAAGUAGUGAGAGCUCUCUACAUGACUAUAUUAUUUAUGUUAAUGACCACACUUGGCCACAUUUCACUCAUCUUGCUUCAGCCAUCAAAAAAGGUACCGACAGAACACAGGCUGAUGACUUAUUUCAGAAUUCUGAACAAACACCAUCUUUUAUAUCUGCAAUCAACUGCCUUAUCAAAGUGACAGGAAAUGACACUGUCUUGGCAUUUGAUCUUUCAUCAUUUAAAACAGCUUGUGAUAUAGGAUACGCAGGAGUUUUAGUGUAUGAAAUGGCGAAUGCAUAUCAAGAUAUGACAUUUGUUGUAUUUAAUCAGCCACAAAUGUUGGAAAAGAUAAAGUGUUACCAGCCGCAACGUCAAAGCCUCUGUCAGAUUAGUUUCAGAGAAGGAGACAUCUUCAAAGACGACCUGCCAGAGGCAGAUCUUUACAUUCUCUCAAAUAUUCUCCAUUGCUGGAAUGAAGACGAAUUUGAUCUCAUCUUAAGUAGGCUCUCUCAGAAGUGCAAACCAGGAUGUGGUCUUCUACUGGUUGAGCUUGUGCUGUAUGAUCAGAAGAACAUGUCCAGCAGAGCAGUGCUACAAUCCCUGAGCACAUUUGUGCAGAGCAACAGAAGAGAAAGGAGUGGGUCAGAGUACAGGAAGUUCCUGCAUAAGCAUGGCUUUGCAAAUAUACAGAUCAAGCACACUGAAACAUUUCUGGAUGCCAUUUUGUGUAUAAAGCAAUAAUCUUCUCCCUAAAAUUUACCAAUAAACAUGGGUCCUUUUUCACAUGAGGAGCAAAAUUAAUUUGUUGAUAUAAGUUUGCAUUAAUAGAGAUGGACAGUAAUGUUGGUCAUAAUCAUGGUAACAUUGUAGUUUAUGUAAAUGAACUUUAAUAUUAAAGUGAUUGGUUCGUGUUUACAAAAGUAGAUUUUAAAUUGCAACUUUGCAUUGUGUGCAACUUGAAUGCUGUGUCAAACUUGACGUAAUACAUAUUAACAUGUAUAAAUCAUUGCUAUCACCUUGAGUUGCUCGGAGUUCUCCAUUCAUGAUUUUAGAAGCACUAUAUUGACUGUCUUGUUUGCUUAUUUGCCUCUAUCAGAAGGUGUUAAACUCCAGCCUCUGCUUGAGAAUGUAGAUGAUGUUGAGACUGCAUAGAUGGAGUGCUUCAUGGUAGGAAAUGCUUUCACGUCCAACUCAUUUAUAUAAAUGAUGAAAAGCAGUGGACCCAGCACCGAUCCUUGUUGCACACCACUGGUCACAGGCCUCCAGUCUGAAAAGCAACCCCCCACCACCACCCUCUGUCGUCUACCUUCGAGCCAGUUCUGUAUCCAAAUGGCCAGCUCCCCCUGUAUUCCACAUGAUCCAACCUUGCUAACCAGUCUACCAUGAGGAACCUUGUCGAGCCACUUAUUGAAGUCCGUAUAGAUCAUGUCCACUGAUCUGCUGUCGUCAAUCCUCUUCGUUACUUCUUCAAAAAAACUGAAUCAAGUUAGUGAGACAUGAUUUCCCGUGCACUUAGCCAUCUAUCCCUAAUCAGUCCUUGCCUUUUCAAGUAAAUGUAAAUGCUACCCCUCCCUUCAACAACUUGCCCACCACCGAUGUCAGGCUCAUUAGUCUAAGGUUCCCUGGCUUUUCCUUACCACCUUUCUGAAACAGUGGCACCACAUUAGUCAACCUCCACUGUUCCAGCACCUCACCUAUGGCUAUCAAUGAUACAAAUAUCUCAGCAAGGGGCCCAGCAAUUGCUUCCCUAGCUUCCCACAGACUUUUGGGGUACACCUGAUCAGGUCGUGGGGAUUUAUGUGUUUUAAGCCAUCCUGUACCACCACCUCUUUACUAUGGAUAUUUUUCAAGAUGUUGCUAUUCAUUUCCCCACGUUCUAGAUCUUCCAUGUCCUCCACAGUAAAUACUGAUGAAAAAUACCCAGUUAGUAUCUCCCCGAUCUCCUGUGAUACCACACAUAGGUGACCUUCUGAUCUUUAAAUGGUCCUAUUCUUUCCCUAGUUACCCUUUUGUCCUUAAUAUAUUUAUAAUACCUCUUUGGAUUCUCCUUCACCCUAUUUACCAAAGCUAUCUCAUGUUCCCUUUUUGCCCUCCUAGAUUCCCUGUUAAGUAUAGCCCUACUGCCUUUAUACUCUUCUAAGGAUUUAUGCAUUCUCUGCUGUCUAUACCUGACAUUUACUUCCUUCUUUUCUUGACCCAAAGGUCAAUUUCUUUAAUCAUCCAGCAUUCCCUGCAUCCACGAUCAUUGCUUUUCAUCCUAACAUACUGUCCCUGGACUAUUGUUAUCUCAUUUUUUAAGGCUUCCCAUUUUGCAGCCACCCAUUUAACUGCAAACAACUGUCCCCAAUCAACUUUUGAAAGUUCCUGCCUAUCACCAAAAUUGGCCUUACUCCAAUUGAGAACUUUUAGAUCCAGUCAGCUAGCUCUGGCAAGAUGGUGGGAGGGUAAGCUGCUCCAUUUGGAGCUCCACUCUGCUAGCCAGUUUGCUUUCUUUGACAUUCCUUUUUUCUCUCUCCCUCUGUAGUAAUUCCAUCCUCCCCCACCCCAUUUUAACUAUCCAUUUAAGGAGCCAGGUAUGAGCUGGGUCAUGACGGGAAACCACAUGGUGGGAACUGAACGUGUGGGUUGUGUUUUGCAACGAUGGCGGCGGAUCAAGAGUGCGCUGGCGAGAGCAGGCCGGUGAGAGCGGAGACGGUGAGAGUCGGAUGGUGAGGCAGGGCUGGCGAGAGUCAGACGGUGAGGCAUCCGAGAGUGGGACUCUGGUGGCAGCAUAGCGUGGGACUGCAGCAGUGGAAAAGAAAGUUAGAUUCUUGUUAUUUUUUUCUCACAUUUUACUUUUAAGUUAAUGUGAAUGGCACCACGUAUGUACUUUUCACUGUAUUUUUACAUUAAAUACACAUGACAAUAAA